AGGAGCUGGAGCUGGAGGGAGCAGCUGGUGCUGCUGCUGGAGCUCAUCAAGCAAUCAAUCAAUCCUACUGGAGACUGGAGACUGGAGACUGGAGACUGCUGGAGACUGGAACAUUUUCAACGAUCUGCUGUUUGCUCCCUCCCAUGCAACAGUGGAUUGACCCUACGGUGCUACUGGGACUUAGGUCUGAGUUCGUCCUCGUCUUCGCAGCUAUAAUCGUUGAGAGAUUGUUGAGCGCGAGGACGAGGAGUGAGUGAAAGUGUGCGAGCAGAGCGACGGGACGAGAGAAGGGAAUGUGGGGAGGAUGGAGAUGGGGGAGGUGAACGAGAUGAGGCCGAGGGAGCUUUCGUUCUAGCUCAGGGCUCGAGUUUGUCGUCUCUGCCUUCGAGGGAGGAGGUGAAGAAGAAGAAGACGAAGGACGAAAAGAAAAUGAUCGACUGUUCCUUUUGUGCUUCUGGAGCCGGGCACGAGGAGGCCGAGGGGACGAUGAUGAAUGCGGGGAGCGCAUGAUGUGAUGUCUCGUAUGCUCCUCGAGGAAAAGCGAGAGCAAGAGGAGGCGGUGGUGGUCGGGUGAGGUGAACUGGCUCAAGUGUAUAUGAGCUGCCGGAGCUUCCGCUUCUGCGCUUGCUCUUGCUCUUGCUCUUGCCCUUCUGCGAUUGCCAAUGGCCACUGUGAUGCGCACCGUGAAGGAGCAAGAGGAGAUUAUGGACUGCAAAGUGUGGGAGAGGCUGCCGGAUGAGAUUCUGCCGCAAAUUCUCUUGUGCCUGCCGUGGUGGAGCAAUCUGCGGCUGCGAGCCGUGAGCAGAUCGUGGAGGAACCUGCUCUCGGAUCCCAAAUUUCUAGCUCAGUCCACGCCCCUGCCAUGCGCCCGUGCACCGUGCUGCAUAUUGCGCAACUCGGGCAAUAUUACAAUUGGUGACCUCAACGUCCAAAAGUGGCACUUUUUUCGGGACUUUUCCGCCCUCUGGGACCGCUUUAUUAUCUCGGCUGCGAAUUCGGGGCUCUUCCUGAUGCGGGGGAGUGAUCCCAGCAUCAACUUCCUCGUCAAUCCCCUGAAUCGAACCCAGAGGCGGCUACCGCCCAUGCCCAAAUUGGAGGAUCAGCUCGUGAUAGCCGGCUGGCACCAUCCCAUGACGAUGAAGGUGGAAGAGAACCCCAUGAACGUCAAGGUUGUGGCAUUGCAAUUUGGCGACGGUAAGCUCACGAGGGUGUUCGUUUACGAUCUGCUGAGGCAUUCGUGGGAUGCGGUGUCCGACAACUUCACCAGCAAAAACCUACGAGGGGUACAUUGUGCCCUGCUCGUGGAAGGUGAUGUGUACCUGCUGGCCGCAUCUGGUCACUUGUUCAAAGUCGGCGGAUGCGAGCUGAUUGAAAUUCCUCUGCCUCAAGAUCAUAACGACGGCCUCGUGAUCAAAUAUAUUUUCCACCAUCGAGGGUCCCUGAUGCUCGGGAAUGGAACAUGGAUUAAGAACUCGCCCCAUCCGGUCGUGGAUUUGUGGAGGUUCGACCGCUUUCUCGAGAGCUGGGAGAAGGUCGCCUCGAUGCCAGACUAUCUCGCUUCGGAGCUGGAUAGUUCCCAGGCUCUGUUUCAAAUUGAUGCAGAAGGAGAUUUUGUAGGUUUUGGGCUAAACAACUCCAAAACGCUGGUGCUGCACAAUAUAGUUACGUCCCAGUGGUGGUCAGUCGCGUGUGUGGACCACUUGCGUUGCACAGGCUGUAGUUUCUUGUGGCAGCCCAGGCUAGACAUUGUCCUGUAGACACACGACCAGGAUCGGUAUCUCUGAACAAAUCUUGCCUGCUAGUCAAAAUUAACGAGUUUUGUUAAGCGUGGCACAAGCUCAGUCAAUUCUGCCCCACUCGUUGUGUAUCAUUUCGCACCCCCGAAGGACAUUCAAUCACCUUUUUUGACGAAAUCAACAACUCAUUGACUGUCUGCUCUGUCGGACAUGGCUCGAUUUCUUCUCCACUCUUCGUGCGCGAGGAGUCUUCCACGUCGGCCUUAUAGCAUAUUCGAGUCGUUGACCAGUCCUGGACAGUCGAUCUUGUACGCUGGAGUUCCACACAGAUGGUGUAGUGCAAGUCACAAAUAGCCAUGCUUUGCUGUUCACAAAAUUGACGGCCAAAAAGGAGACGGCUCAUUUUGAUACUUCUCCGUAAUGCCGUCAAUUUUUUUUCUACAGGUACUCGUGCAUUUCGAAGUUGUAGAUACUUGCCUUAGCUCCAGUUUGAGAUUGCCUUCGUGAAUGUGCAAUCUGCCGUGAUGUGCUUUCGUUGCAAAGCCUAAUAUCGAGAAAAGAAAUUCAAAUCACGCAGAUCUCCGACUG